AUGGUACGGACGGUGCCGGGCUCCGUACCGGACGCCCGGCGGGGUCUCCCCCUUAGGGGUCCGAUCCCGCCGUGGUUACCGGGCUCCGUCCCGGGCGCCCAGGAGGACGGGGGGGGGAGGGGGGACGGCCCUCCGCUGACGGGGCGUCUCCCCCGCCGUCUCCCGCGGCCCCCAGGCGUCCCCGGGCCCCCGCCCCCCGGCGGCCCCCCGACCCGGGGCUUCACGGCGGGCGUCUACGACAUCACCAGGGGCCACGCGGGCCGGGCCCCCCAGACGCCGCUCAUGCCCUCCUUCGCCGCCCCGCCCGCCGACGCCCCCGGCCCCGCCGCCAUCACCUUCCCCGAGGCCGGGGACCCCCCGGAGGGAGGAGGAGGAGGAGGAGGAGGCGGCAUCUGGGGCUUCAUCAAGGGCGUGGCGGGCGGCCCCGCGCUGCGCUCGGCCCUGGACCGCACCAGGCGCUCGGUGGAGACGGUCAUCACCACCCUCGACCCCGGCAUGGAGCCCUACAUCCGUCUGGGCGGGGAGCCCCUGGAGCUGUGCGUGUCGUGCGAGGACGAGGAGACGCUGGGGUCGGUGGGCGCCGCCUUCCGCCGGGUGUUCGGCCGCGCCCGGGUCAGCGGCCACCGCGGCCCCUCCGGCGUCGCCCCGCAGCCCGUGGGCUACGCCGCCGCGCACAAGGGCGCCCGGGAGCGCGUGGCGGGGCUGCGCCGGGCCGGACGCAUCCCCGAGGGGCAGGCGGCCGUGGGCGUCCAGGACUUCGUCGCCGAGCUGCUGCCGGACAGGUGGUUCGACCUGGUCUGCCUGAUCCUGGACGACCCGGCCCGCGGCCUCCGCCUGGAGACCUUCACCCAGGCCACUCCCCUGCCUCUGGACGCCGUGCGCCAGGCGGAGCGCCUGACCCCGCCGGACUACGGGCUGCGCUGGUCGGGGCUGCGGGUUCCGGUGGCCCCGGAGGCCUCCCCGCCGGCCGCGGACGCCGCCGCCGGGCGGCGGGACUGGCGCCGGGAUCUCACCGGCGUCUCGCGCCACCAGCUGCUCUUCCAGGCCGCCCGGGCCCUGGCCGGAUCCUACUACCGGACGCUGGCCGCCGCCGCCCCCCCGCCGACCCCGGGCUUGACGGAUGCCGGCGUGAUAAUUGUGGUGGUUCUCUGCGUCCACCCCGGCGCUCAGUCCAGUGCCCGCCAAGGAGUGAGCGUCGAGCGGGCGUCACGCUAG